UACCUCUUAUCUUGAUCGGAUUAGGAUAAGAGCACCGCAAGUUAGGUGUACACAUGUCGAAGACCUGUGAGCCACUACAAGCGAUUGGGCCAAGCCCAGCGGUUCUCUACCAAGGGUUGGAGUAACCGCUGCCGGGAUUUAUAUCCUUCACUUUUGGCAUCGAAUGGCCCAGCGAAUGUUAUAACCGCUGAUAGGCCCAAACAUGUAAAUGUGCAGCGAUUGAUCCAGCGGAACAAACAACCACCCAAUUUGUUUGUAAAAAAAAAAGAACAAACCAAUUUUGAAUUUUUACCGAAACUCAUUUUUUCAACAAAAUUGUUUUUAUCGCAUUCCUUAUCCACGAGAAAAAGCUCUGCACCGGAAAAAACAAUCGAGAAAGAGCUCUCAGCUCAUCUCGCCAUCAUCUCUGAUCUCCGAUCCGUCGAUUCUCCUCCUCCUCUGAAGCUGUUUUCUCCUCUCGUCGGCUCUCCGAUCCUCCUCCUCCUCCCUAUCGAGAAAAAGCUCUCGGCUCAUCUCCGAUUUUCAAUUCGGCGAUUCCGCUCCUCCUCCGAAGCCGUUCUCUGCGAACAGAUUGUUCCGAAGCCGUUUUCUCCUCUUGCCAGCUCUCCGAUCAUCGAUCGCUACCGCAUUCCAACUAUUUCUUCUGGUACUCUCUAAACCUAAUUUGUGCUUGUGGAUUUCUUCUGAUCUCGAGCAUAAUAUAGUUCUUAAAUAUGAUUUGUGCUUUUUGAUUGCUCUGAACGUAGUAACCGAAUCAGCUGAGUCAAGUGAAUCUGCGACGAGACUUGAUCAAUUUUCUUCACAAAUCUUUGCCAUCUGGGAUUUUGUCAACCUGUGUGAGUCCAUCCCUCUUCCUCUUUCGUUAAUUCUCUGCUCCCACUAGUGAUAGAUAAGUUCAACCGCUUGUGUGCACGAAUGCCUCUGAUGUUCUUCCGUAGAUCUAGGUGUAAGAUGUUAAAGCAAUCCGAAGCUUUGAUACAGAUAGAUAUAUAUUAUACACACAGUAGGAGUUGGUAUAGUUGGUUUUGUGGGGUGUAUAUUUCCAGCUAGCAAGGAGGAGAAGAUAAAGGGUACUUGUUCUUGUGUAAGCUUCUUACAUGGCUUGUAAACUCACGUUUAUGGGAUACUUCUCUGUACAUGAAUGCUUGUAUAAUAGGUUAUCCAUGUACGUAGUUUAUAUAGAGGAAAGGAAUGGCAGGUUAUAAUAUGUGUUAUGUCAUUGAUGAUGUUCAUUAUGGGUUAAGGACAUGGAAUUAGUAGUUGGUUUUGUUGAUUCUGUAAUAGUUAGGAUUUGUUGCUUAUAUAUGAAAAUGAAGCUAUCUGUUGCAGCUUUUAUCUGGCCAGCCAAACUUAUGAGUUAAGACCAUGUUCUAAUUGUCGUCCAACAUUACUUGUAGUUUUUAUAUAGUGCCAAAGGAAGAAUGUCCAAAGCACAACUUACUUGCUUGAGGGGCUUCCUGUUGCUUUAAAGUUUUGGACACAUUCUUUGUUAAUCAAGUGCCACGUUAAUUACCAGGUACACUACUAAUUUUAGUUUUUUUAAUACAUUUUGUCCAAGUGAUGUUAUGUGUUCUAUCUUUGUUAUCUAGUAUAUACUCCCCUCUCCUGUUUGCUGUCCCUUCCCUCGACAAACCAUUACAGUAUACUAAUUUAAUUCUAGCUUCCAUCAUGUUCCUUUGAAUAAAUUAACAAAGUAAAAAAAAGAACACAAUUCUUAUGAUAUUCAUUCUGUUGGUUUUCCAUUUUAGGUUAUACUGAUUUUCAGUUUCUGUACCAUCCAAUGGACAAGAAAGAACGGGACCUAUGUGAAUGGGUAUACAACAACCCUAAUUGUAAGAAUUUCUUACUAUUUUACUUGAUUGAAACCUUACUGAAUUUGGUUUGCAUAGAUGUGUAAAGAUGUGUAAACUUUCUUUGCUAUUCUGCUAUGUUGUGCAAGAUGAGUAAACUUCCUUUGUUAUUAUGAUUGUUGUCUUUACUGCAUCGUGUAUGAUGAAUAGCACUACGAACAAUAUGAUUAGAUCGAAAUAGAAAUGAAAAAAUUGCUUAUUAGAUGUUGUAUAUUUCUUUUGUUUUUUGUGGUUGUGUAAGAGAAGGCCCAUACUCUUCGACAAGAAGGUUCUUUUGAUAAUGAACAGAUCUUUCAGAAGGUACAUGGGCCAGAGCAUCCUGGGAGGGUUCGUUGUGAUGGUUUGGGACCAACACCCUCGACUUAUUUGGGGCCUUCUUCUUCGUCAGCUUCAAUAAAUUCUACCACGACAUCAAACUCUAAUGAGGUAGACGCCCUACAAAGUGAAGUGAUUGAACUGAGAAAUGAACUGAUGGAAGCAAAAAGUGAGGUAGUUGAACUGAGAAGUGGGAUGGAUCAGCUGCAAAUGGAAGUAGACACGCUGAAGACACUGUUCUUGUAACAUCUUCGUAGGGAGAAGGGGUCAAUGGAGAGUUCGUUUCGUGCGCCAUCUUCAUCAAGCCAAAGUGCUACACGGGUAUGACAAAAGGUAAGUAACAAAGUCAGCCUCUGGAAUGUUUGCAAGCUCAUAACCUGUUGCAUGUAUUCCAUGCUAACACAAAAAGUCAGCCUCCUUUUCUUUUUUUGGUUCCUUUCUGUCAUUGAGAAUGUGACAGUAUUCCUAUCCCCUUUGACAUUCUAGUCCAAUUUAGUUCACUUCUUAGUCAAACAGGUUGGGUUAUAGCUAUAUAUAGAGUAACUAAUUAAUUAGUGAAGUGAUUAAUUAUAUAUUUGAAUUUGUUGUCUUGUUAUUAUUUUUCCAGCUCCAUGAAGAUAUAGAAAGUCCCCUCUAACUACAACAGAUGCACCAAGUGAGUCAUAUCAUAUACUCAUAUAGAUGAUGUAAUUUGAUUUUGAGUUGUACAUGUAAAUUGAUUUUGAGCUAUAUGUUUUGGUUGCCUUUAAAACAGGAUAAAGAUGAGCUGUUGGUGAUUCAGAAGAAAGUCAAAGUUCAAUAUUAUGGAUUUAGUUGGAACUUUAUAUUUGUUAAAGUGUACUUUGGUAGUAAUGUGUAGUAAUAUUGUGUACUUUGGAAGUUAGCAUUGUGUGGCAUGGAUAUGGGGAAUGUAGACUUUGAAGGUACUUUGCAGGGGUUCUAGAAAUAUAUGAAAAAAUUGAAAUGUUUCAGCAGAUUGUAGUAAUGGGCUAAAAAGCGUUGCUAAAAAUAUUCAAAAAAGUGUCGCUAAAAAUCGUAUAAAUCGUCGCUAAAAAGUUACACAGGGCUACAAAACUGUCGUGAAAGCUUCAAAAAGUAGACCAAUUGCGACAGAAAAACCGCUGCAAAAAAACCGUUGCAAGUCCAUUUACUGCGGUUUGGCAGACCCCUGUCAUUACUUUGCGACGGUGUUCUUGCGACGGUUUUGCAGGGGUAAUAAAAACCGCUGCCGGGCUUGUUAGCGACGGUUUUUUUCGUCGCUAAAAGUGGAAAAACCCCUGCUGUAUGUAUGUUAUUUUGUAGUGAGCUCGUCAUAGCAAACCUGCACCUGGCGGAAAGACUCGUUGGCGCCAUCACCGACAUGGAAAAAGACAACUGAUCGGAAGGAGACACCGAGCUGAAGAGUACGCCGACUGCUAUCCCUGCAGCUGAAUCAUGCCCAAACAACACAAUCGAUCGUAGUACGGCGCCAGAGAACCGCGAUAAAGAUGUCGCACGAUGGCGAUAACACUGUCGAGGCAGAGUUAUGCCAGUCGUCGGAGAUAGGACGGAUCAGUGGCCACAUCUUCACUGUCACUUUUCCUCUUGAGGCGAUGGACGAGGACCUAUAUAUUUCCAUGGCGCUUCCUGAUACGAGAUUGGAGAGGAACCCGGCGGAAAGCUCAACUGCCGCAACAACGGCGACGCCCCGCGUGCUAUGGCGUUCAACACGUCGGAUCUCUUAAGCUGCUCACCACCUCCACUUGAUUUGUGGUCGCUGGACGAGUUGACCCGACAGCCUGACUCGGAGUUUGGUGCUCUUCCUUCCUUAUCAGUACCACCAACAACAGUCACCAACCGCCAAACCAUACCCUUUUUCUUCUUUCUCAUCAUUAUAAUACUAGCUUUAUCUCUCUGCUUUCACUCUCUAGCUGACAUAGCUGGAAUGUUUACUGGAAGCUUGCUGCAAUUCAUUAAAGAACAAAGAAGGAAAGAAGAAGGCUGCAAUCCUUAUUGCAGAAGGAAUAGAAGAAGAAGCAAAAACGAUGUCGUGCUGAAAAGACGGAGUCGUAUUGAAGAAACGAAGAGAAGAAAUAGACUGGAACGAAAGCAUAGCAUUAAGUAGCUGUUAGCUGUUAAGUUUACUGUUUAUUUAAACUUUUAGCCUAUCGUUUGAGGACACAUGUCGUUGUUUUAUGUAAUCGUCUACCUAGAUAUAAAACGGAGCAGAGGACCCAGUCUUAGCUGAGCUUUCCUAUUCCACAAAAUCCAAGUAAUUUGUUAUGGUAUCAUAGCUCAGUGAGCUCUAGGGUUUCCACCGCCAAUGACGCGAUGUCAGGAGCUCAGACUCCGCCCAAUACGCCACCCUUUGGCUUUGGUGGAAGUGGAGCAACAAGAACAACAACACGGCAGUUGCAACUGGAUUUUAAUUUGGCACCUUCAACCAAAACCAGAUGCAGAACGAGACUUGUUAUAUUUGGUAAUCCCUACUACCUUAACCCAAAUGAGAACAUGUCUCAAUCCAUUGUUGUUGAACCUUUUGAUGGCACGAAUUAUGUGAUGUGGAGUAGAUCCAUUCAAGUGGUACUAAAAACUAAGAACAAAGUGGGUUUUAUAGAUGGGUCUAUCCCCAUUCCUCCUAGAGAAGCAUAUCUAUUCAGUUUAUGGGAUGCUUGUAAUACAGUCUUGUUGUGCUGGCUUCAGAACUCCAUGACAAAGGAAAUUAGGCGAUCAGUGUUGAACCACACUAACUCUAAGACACUGUGGGAUGAAUUGAAGAGGCGUUUUGGUCUUCCCAAUGCCUUAAGGAUUACAAACCUUGAGGAUGAGAUCCAGGCCUGCAAACAAGGGUCUAGAACCAUCAAUCAGUAUUACACAACUAUCAAAGGGUUGUUGGAUGAAUACGUGGAAUUUUGUCCCAUCACACCAUGUACAUGUGCACCUGAUAAUCCUAUGCCAUGUGCAGCAGUAGCUGCUUUUGUGCAGAAGCAAGAGACUGACUAUCUCAUUCGAUUUCUACGAGGCCUCAAUCCUGAGUAUGAAGUGAUCAAAACUCAGUUAUUGAUGCAAAGGCCUUUACCUACAGUCUCAACUACAAUAGAUGACCUUUUACAACAUGAACAGAAGUUAAAGUCAGAUGUGGCUAUGGGAGGCAAGAAGGGCCAGAAUUUGGCAUUAGCUGUUGUGGGUUACAACUCCAGAGAUAAUACUGAAGCUAGGGGGAAGAAAUUCUGCCGUUUCUGUAAGAUGAGUACUCACAACAUAGAAGACUGUUUUUUUGGAUAAUGGUGAAAUAUUAUUGCCAACAAAGUACACCAGAGGUGUACGAAAAAAAAAAGGAAAAAAGAGAUUACAAAGGUGUUCAGCAAAGCAGCACAACAAAGCCAACAAAAACCCACCCCUCACUGAAGCAUAAAGCGUACCCGAUCCUACAAACACAAGCUGACAAGCAACAAAAGUACAAAACACAGUGAGACAAACACCACCCUCCCAAGAUCUCCUGCAAACGAUGAAAAGGAAGCAAACCAACAUUCCUAACUUGAGAAAAAGCACCGGUGCAGACACAGUAAAAAACUCUGGAGCCGAAACUGAAGUACAUGCUACACACACAGAGCCUCAACCACGAGCUCAUCACCAAGCUUGCUCAGGCAAUGAGUUCAAAGGGCAAGCAAGUAUCAAUCUGUCACUCCACGAAGACUUGUUCUGUUGGUUGAUUCUGUUGAAAUUAAUUAAUAAAGUUUAAUGAGCUAAAAAUAAAAGAAAUUAGAAAGGCCUAGAAGUGAUCUACGUGGGGAGAUUGAGAAGUGUCCAGAAAUUGAUAGGUAAGAAUUUAAUUAUGUUUGUUGGCAGUUGUCAUUAAAUAAAAUGUAAAAAAAUGAAGGCCACAAUUUGUAUGGCGGUGGCUUGGAGUGAAAUGCCUAUAAAUAGGCUUGGUUAUG